GGGCGGCGGGGCCAAGGGGAAGGGAAGGGGGGUGCCGGUUUAAACGGGGCGGCGCAUGCGCGGUGCGGCGCCUGGCUCUGCCUCGGGGGCCGCCACAUUGGCUCGGCGAGGGGAGCGCUGCGGGCAGCGCCGGGCCGGCCGUGCCCUGCCCGUCCCCGUGCCCAUGCCCCGGCUGCCGGCAGCGGGCGCGGCCCGGCGCUGAGCGGAGGGCAGAGCGUGGAUGGAUCCCCGCGUGGCCUGGAUCCAGCCCGAGCAGAAAGGCCCCGCGAAUGCGCUCUGGAUGCAGAUCUGGGAGACCUCGCAGGGCGUGGGGGGCCGCGGCGGCGGCGCCGGCUUCCCGCACUACCUCUGCCUCAACUCGCCGGCGCUGGACCCGGCCGCCGCCGCCGCCGCCUCGUCCCCUCCGCCCCGCGGCCACGGCUGCGCCCGGCUCGGGGCGCCCGGCCCCGGCUGCUGCUCCUCGUCUUCGCCGCCUUCGCCCUCGCCGUCGCCGCCGGCCCUGCUGGCCGGGCUGCUGCCCGCCGCCGCCCCCGCCGCCGCCGGCCCCCCGCCCGCCGCCGGCCCCGCCAACGGUGGCGGCGGGGAGGGAGGGCGGCGGCUGCAGAAGUCGCCGUCGGUGUCGUCGUCGUCGUCGUCGUGCUCGUCGGUGGAGUCCGGCACCGAGAGCCCCGGCUUCUCCUCGUCGGGCUCCUGCGGCGGAGGCGGCGGCUCCUCCUCUUCCUCCUGCGGCCCCCGGGCGGCCGUGGCUCCUCCCGGGCUGCUGGGCAGCGGGGCCGGGCCCGGGGAGUUUUUUAACUUCCACGAGAACGACAAAGCGAACAGUGUGAACGGGCACCACCCCCCCCCCCCCCCCCCGCACCUCGCCCGCGGGCCCCACCACCCGCCGCCGGCCUCCCCCCAGCAGCACCAGUACCACCCGGGCCGGAGGAAACGGGAGAAUAAAGCCAGCACCUAUGGCAUGAAUUACCUGCUCUCCGGCAGCCGGGGCGUCGCCGCCAACACCUCCCCGCACCAGCAGCGGCAGCCGCCUCAGCCGGCGCUGCAGAGCCCCGGCACGCCCUGGAAGACGAGGAAAUACAGCCCGGGCGUGCAGGGACUACACGAAGAAAUAAUUGACUUCUAUGACUUCAUGUCCCCUCGUCCAGAAGAAGCAGCUAUGAGAAGAGAAGUGGUGAAAAGAAUAGAAACGGUCAUCAAAGAUCUCUGGCCUACAGCUGAUGUCCAGAUAUUUGGCAGCUUUAGUACAGGGCUUUAUCUUCCAACUAGUGAUAUUGAUUUAGUUGUUUUUGGGAAAUGGGAACGCCCCCCUUUACAGCUGCUGGAGCAAGCACUAAGAAAACACAAUGUGGCUGAGCCGUAUUCCAUUAAAGUACUUGAUAAAGCUACGGUACCAAUAAUAAAACUUACUGACCAGGAGACGGAAGUGAAAGUUGACAUCAGUUUUAAUGUAGAAACUGGUGUGAAGGCAGCUCGAUUUAUCAAGGAAUACAUGAAGAAAUACUCUUUGCUGCCUUAUUUGAUUUUAGUAUUAAAACAGUUCCUACUUCAGAGGGACUUGAAUGAAGUUUUUACUGGUGGAAUUAGCUCUUACAGCCUAAUUUUAAUGGCAAUUAGUUUCCUGCAGCUGCAUCCAAGAAUCGAUGCCAGAAGAGCUGAUGAAAACCUUGGAAUGCUUCUGAUAGAAUUCUUUGAACUCUACGGAAGGAAUUUUAACUACUUGAAAACUGGUAUUAGAAUAAAAAACGGAGGUGCCUAUAUUGCCAAAGAAGAAAUAAUGAAAGUCAUGACUAAUGGAUACAGACCAUCCAUGCUAUGUAUUGAAGAUCCUCUCCUGCCUGGAAACGACGUUGGCAGAAGCUCUUACGGUGCCAUGCAAGUGAAACAAGUUUUUGAUUAUGCCUACAUUGUUCUUAGCCAUGCAGUAUCACCACUUGCAAGAUCAUAUCCAAAUAGAGAUUCUGAGAGCACAUUAGGUAGAAUCAUCAAAGUGACCCAAGAAGUGAUUGACUACAGGGCCUGGAUUAAAAAGAAGUGGGGGAGCAAAAUUAAUUUAUCACCUGAACUUGAUAAUAGGUUGAAAAUAAGAGACCAGAUAGCUCCGUGCAAUGGAGAACAGCAACAGAACAGAGACUCUGAACCAUCUUACAACCAACGCUUGGCUUUGUCACUAGCUAAUACACAACAGUUAUCCUCUGGCUCAUCUGCAUCUUCUGUAUCAUCACUCUCCGGCAGUGACAUUGAUUCUGAUACACCACCUUGCACAGCUCCUAAUGUUUACCAGUUCAGUCUGCAAGCACCGACUCAACUUAUGGCCAGUUUACCACCCGUAUUGCCUAUGCCAAGUGGUAAACCCCAAUCUGCGCCUACGAGAACCUUGAUAAUGGCCGCCAGUAAUCAGCAGCACAGUGGAAUGAAGUUUUCUAUGAAAGGAACUCAUAAUCAAGGCAACAGCUACAGCCCCGUCAGCAGUGGAGGCAUGAGGCAACCAGUUGGUAACAGAGGACACCACCAGUACAAUCGUAAUAUAUGGAGAAGAAAAAAACACAGAGACAGUUUGCCUAUUAGUCUGAGCAGAUAAUGGCAGAUGCCAAAAUGACCUUCCCUGUUCAGACAAACUGAGCGAGUGCCACUCGACUUGGGGGAUGGAGACCAGCGUCCAGCACAUCGUUUUAUUGGUGUUGCCAAAUAUCUGCAGCUGACUUCUUUGCAUGUUUCUUUGUGUGGUGGUUCAGUCCAUCUUCAAGAAGUAGUUGUGCUUAUCUGUGAAGCCUUAUUAAAUGUGGAAGUUUGUUUUUCUGCCUUCCCACAAUGGUUCAUACAGUGCCGAAGCAGCUCUGACAAUGGAACUGCAAGGACAUUUACAAAUGCUGUGGCUUUUUUUGCUGUGGCUACAUCUGUUCCUUUGUGGGUUCUGUUUUAUUUUGGAAGUGAAGGAAACUUCAGCCCCUUGGAUUUUUUUUCUUUGCAGCAAAUCAAGUUGGGAAUUCAUAAAAAUAAAUUUGCUGCUCUCCUGUUUGUUUCAAAGUUCAGAAUUUUUUGCUCUGUAAAUAUUGGAGGUUUAAUUUGUGCAAUAACUUGGAAUUUUUAAUUUAAUUUCAUAUUGUCACAUAAGUUAUAUUUAAGGGGAAGAGGUUUUUUAAUUUACAGAUCCUUUCCCAGGUUGCAUUAUCUAAGUUGGGUUCAUAGUUUUGGCAGGUUGUCUGAGCAGUGUUACAAACAUGACAUUUGAUAAUAUUUGAGGCUUCUCGAUUCACAAUGAAAGUGCGAUUUGGCUUAUGGUUUUAAGAAGGUAUUACGCUCCAAAGCAUUUCAACCCUAUGUUUUUUAGCUCAUUGUCUGGCCUCUAUCAGUUGUCUUGCUCUGACCAAUGAGUUUUAAUUUUAUUCCUUUUACUAGACAACAAAUCCAGCAUUCUUAGUACCAGAAAGAAAACUUUUGGGGAAGGGGGGAAGGUUGGUUCAAGUUCUGAUGUGAAAUUAAAAAGCUGUGAACUACACGCUUUGAUGCAUUUUAGUAAUGUAACCUGUUAAUGUUUGGGUUCAAACAACGUUAUUAAACAGAGGUACCCGGCUUAAGGAAUGUGGAGAAAGGAAAUAUGUUGAUUCCAUUAAGGAAUCUGUAUAGCAGUAUGCAUUAGUUCUGUUAAGAGCAAAUAUAUAAAAAGUACUUCAGCUGCUCUAAGCAUUAUGAGAAGUAUCUUUUAAUGUAUUGCAGGAGAGCACAGCCCAGUGUUGUACACAGUAUGAGUGGCUGGCACUUAAUUUACAGAUGCAUACAGGUAUACUAUGCAAGUGUGUAUUGCCAUGACAAACACUGUCUUUAACUUUUUGAAAAAUGUACAUCCUGCCUAACCCUGAGUUUUUAAAGCACCACAGUUGUCCUGGGAGUAGGUCACAUCUCACGCCCUCUGACUUCCCAUUUUUUUAAUGAAAGUUCUUAAACUAUACAGAAAACUACAGAUCAGUUCUAUAAAUCCAUUAGCAGAGAAAGCUGAAGAAUCCUGUUAACAGGACAUCUAUAACAUCUAUACUGUGUACAGAUACAGGUGGUUUUAAAACUGAUAUCUGACUAUUAAAAUGAGGUGUCAAGCAUGAAGCUUUUUAAUACGCUGUAUGCCUUUGAAGCAGAAGUAGUUCAUGUUAUUACUGAAUCUGUUGAACAAAACAGGUCUUUGAGGGGAGAGAGGGCAACAUUCCAAAGUAGAGUAGUGCAUAUCUGUUUGCAAAAAGUUUGUCUUAAUGCUCAGAUUCAUCACAAUUUUGAAUAAAAAUAAAAAUUGUGAGCUGAUUCAUAAAUAAUAUCUAAGGGCUGUUACAUGAGCCUGUACUGCUUAGUCUUCACACACUAGCAAUAUUGAGCAUAACUACAUUAAAGAGCCUUCAAAGGCUUUAGUUGGUGUCUUAUACUAGCGUCCAUUUUAAAGCGAAAUUCAUUUGAAAAGUGGUAUCAUGUAACACUUCAGUCAUGGUGAACCAAAUAAAUUGGCCUGGCUAUCACUGUGGUUAUGUGCUACAGGUUUAAAAAAAUCAUGUUUAAAUUUUUUGUGUGGACAACUAUGUGGAAGCUAAAAUUGACAUAUUUUUAUGUAAAGUUUUCUAUUCUUUGAUUUUUAAUAAACUUUGGAGACCAGUCA